AUGGGCAAGGUCCGCGAGGCGCUGUUCUCGACGCUCGUGAGCCUCGGCGUCUUCGCGGCGCCGCGGCGCGUGCGCGCCCUCGACACGUUCUGCGGCAGCGGGUCCGUGGGCGUCGAGGCGCUGAGCCGCGGCGCCGCGGCGGCGACGUUCGUCGACCUGAGCCGCGACGCGUGCGACGUCGCGCUCCGCAACGCGCGGGCCUGCGCCUUCGACGACGUCGAGGCCAUCUGCGCGACGGCGGAGGACGCGCUGGCGACGCCCGCGCUCCACGGCGGCGACCGCCGCUUCGACCUCGUGACGCUGACGCCGCCCUACGAAGAGGUGUCCUACGCGGACCUCGCGGACCGCGUCGCGGAGUCGCCGCUGCUCAACGACGACUGCGUCGUCGUCUUCGAGUACCCCGUGGAGCUCGGGUCGCUGCCGCCGAAGCUCGGGAGCCGCGACCAGCUCGUCGGGCUCCGGAACCGGCGCUACGGCCGCACGGUCCUCGGCUUCUACGCCUACAAGCCCACGGGCAAGGUGCCCCUGGACCCGCGGCCCGCGGAGUUCGAGGGGUUUUAA